CCCAGAGCUACGCGGCGGCAGAGCGGAGGCCUCGUGCCGUAACGGCCAUCGCGGCGGCCGUGGCGGCGUCCCUGCCCUCCUCAAGUGAGCUGGCGCCGCCCGGGCUUGGCAGAGGGGAGUGCAGAAGGUGCUGAACAAUGGCAGAGGAAGUGGUGGUAGUAGCCAAGUUUGAUUAUGUGGCCCAGCAAGAGCAAGAGCUGGACAUCAAGAAGAACGAGAGACUGUGGCUUCUGGAUGACUCUAAGUCCUGGUGGCGAGUUCGAAAUUCCAUGAAUAAAACGGGUUUUGUGCCUUCUAACUAUGUGGAAAGGAAAAACAGUGCCCGGAAAGCAUCUAUUGUAAAAAACCUAAAAGAUACCUUAGGCAUUGGAAAAGUGAAAAGAAAACCUAGUGUGCCAGAUUCUGCAUCUCCUGCUGAUGAUAGCUUUGUUGACCCAGGGGAACGUCUCUAUGACCUCAACAUGCCUGCUUAUGUAAAAUUUAACUAUAUGGCAGAGAGAGAGGAUGAAUUAUCAUUGAUAAAAGGGACGAAGGUGAUCGUUAUGGAGAAAUGCAGUGAUGGGUGGUGGCGGGGUAGCUACAAUGGACAAGUUGGAUGGUUCCCUUCAAACUAUGUGACUGAGGAAGGCGACAGUCCUUUGGGUGACCAUGUGGGUUCUUUGUCAGAGAAGUUAGCAGCAGUCGUCAAUAACCUAAAUACUGGGCAAGUGUUACAUGUGGUUCAGGCUCUUUACCCAUUCAGCUCGUCCAAUGAUGAAGAACUUAACUUUGAGAAAGGAGAUAUAAUGGAUGUUAUCGAAAAACCUGAAAAUGACCCUGAGUGGUGGAAAUGCAGGAAGAUCAAUGGAAUGGUUGGUCUGGUACCAAAAAACUAUGUUACCAUUAUGCAGAAUAAUCCGUUAACAUCAGGUUUGGAACCAUCGCCUCCACAGUGUGAUUACAUUAGGCCUUCACUUACUGGAAAGUUUGCUGGCAAUCCGUGGUAUUAUGGGAAAGUCACCAGGCACCAAGCAGAAAUGGCAUUAAAUGAAAGAGGGCAUGAAGGUGAUUUCCUCAUUCGUGAUAGUGAAUCUUCGCCAAAUGAUUUCUCAGUAUCACUAAAAGCACAAGGGAAAAACAAGCAUUUUAAAGUACAACUAAAAGAGACUGUCUACUGCAUUGGGCAGCGUAAAUUCAGUACCAUGGAAGAACUUGUAGAACAUUACAAAAAGGCACCAAUUUUUACAAGUGAACAAGGAGAAAAAUUAUAUCUUAUCAAGCAUUUAUCAUGAUACUGCUGACCGAAGUGAACUGCUGUACAGUUGUAAUUCGUCAUGUAAUUGAAGACUGAGAAAAUGUCAGUCCAGUCAUGCUUGAUUGGAAAUUGCUGUUUCUAACUCUAUAUGAGAAUUGACUAUAAUACAUAAAAUAUUUUUAUUAUAAUUCAGCCCAUAUAAAUAUAUAUACUACAUACAGCAAGUAUCUGCAUAGAGCAGUUCCUUAUCCUUGGUCUUCUGUUUUAUUGUUUUCUUUGCUCUUCUCUUGCUUCUAAUAUUAAGGUUUUAUAUUUUGAACAAAUGAUGCAAAUCAAAAGUCUUUAUAUGAAAGAAUUUCUUUAUUGCCUUUCCUUUAUUUUCUUGUAAGGUACCACCUUAGUAACUUCUGCAAUGGUUUCUAUUCAUGUAAAAUUAUUAUAUCUAUUAUAUCAACAUAUACCAUAUGCUAAAAUAAAUUUCUUGGAGAGUUAAUCUUUUCUGUGACUAAAUAGCAAUAAUAAAUGGAAAAUUAGACAUUAUUUUCAGCUAUUAAUAUUUGUCACAAACCUAUGUAAAUACCAAAUAUGUUGUGUCUGUCAUUUUUCAGAAUUCAUUUGUUUUCAGUUUAAAGCAAACCAUAUGGGACAUAGGUUAGAAAAUAUAUAUCUUGUACAAUUUAAAUUUACAGCUGUUGGAAGCAAAAAUCUCCAAAUGCCUAUGAAUUUUUUUCCCCCACUUCUCUCUCAUCUGGUUAUUCAAGAGAAAAAAGCAUUCUCAAGAUGUUUAGCUUUUAACUGUAAAUGGAUGCUCUAGUGUUAUUUUUUUCCCCUAGUGUUAUUUUACCAAAGCAUCUAGUUUUUGAGUAUGUUAUAUCUUGUGACUGUGAAAAAAAGCUAUGGCCAAAUUUUGAAGAAGUAGGUGACAAUGAGAUACUUGGUUCUCUCCCUACCACCCCUCGCCCCCCCCAAAAUCAGUAAUAAUCAGGCAUAGUAGUUGUAGUAUUUUUAUUUUCUUCAUUCAACUUUGAAUUUUAUUGACCAGGACACUAAAAUUGAUAUAUAUUUGAGGAAAAGAUGUGAUGUGCUAAUGCUUUGAGAACAUUUUUAGAAUCUUCUUUUUUGCAGAUGCUUCUGUUACAUUUUUAUCUAGCAGAAGUUUGGGUAUAUGGGUAAGAGGCUGAGGCUUCUGUAGAGAAUUUAAUCUGUUUCUGUACAUCACGGAAGAAAACCAGUUACAUUUUAUGGCCACAUCUCCCCCUCCCCCCCUCCCCAAACACACCAUUAUAAAUUCUGGAGAUUUAAGGAAAGUACCUUCAAUAUUUUAAUAGAAAAUACUUCAUAAAACAGUUAAGUAAUUAGGAGAAAGUCAUGAGAUUUUAAAAAAUUUCACCAAUGCUGCCUAGGCAAAUGAAUGUUUCCAUUCUUUAAUAUAUCAUAAACAGACAUUAAAGACACAAAAUUACUGAUCCUAAAUUUGAAGUUGUCUAAUUCAUGAAUUUCUUGAUUUUGGUGGUUUUAGAUUUAUUUUGUUUUUUAAUUCUCUAAAUCUUCAAAUCAUUUAAAGACUUACAUUGCCACUGGGUGGCAGCCCUGACUUCUGCCUCUGCACAACAGGAGUUAGCAAAUAUAAACAUUUUACAAUUUUUAAAAUCUUUAUUGCAUCUGCUUUUAAAGCCUUUUAGUUUGUAUUUCAUUAUCUUUCUCAGCCCCACUUUAUUUAUUAAGAUAAUUAUGAGUAGGCAAGUUUAAUGGAAACAAAAGUCACAUGCUUACCUUUUUUGGCAGUAAAAUUACUUGAAUAUCAACUGAGGAAAAUAGUUUUAAAGUAGUUGUAAAAUGACUUUAAUUUUAAACAAACAUUUGAUGAUGCUUUCUUUUUAUUCUCUACCUCUUAUGUGGUUUCCCCUCCAUCCAGUCUUCCUUACUUAAAAAAUGGAUGGUUGUUUGAAAAAAGAAAGGAGGAUGAUGGUUCAAUUACUACUUUGUAUCACAGACAUGAGCUAUUUAUAGCAGACCCUGCUGAGCUGAUGUCAAGCAUUUUGAGAAAGUAGGAAUGGAGGAGCACUGGAAACAGAAUGCAUAUUUCUGUGCUAUAAUUAGAUUUAUAAUGACUAGAGAAUUCCUAGGAGAUCCAUGUGUGCCAAUAAUAGCUAUUGUGUGCUCUUACUAUAUGAUGGAAACCUCACUGGGAACUAUUUAACUUUGCAGUUCAACAUUUUAUCAAUUUUUUUAAAGUCUUAAAACCAAUGUUUACAUCAGUGACUUUUUUUUUUAAAGCAUGAAUUUUCUUAAUAACUGGAACCAUUUUUAAAAACAUCUACAUAGCUAGCUAGUAGCAGGACUUCUAUUAGAAACCACUUUUCCUUAUUUCUAGCCUGUAUACUUGUCUUGUGACACGUUGGCCUCAUUGUACCUGUUUUUAGACUAGGAGGAAGGUCCUGGAAAGAGCAAUAUUACAGAAAUUUUUUUUCAUCUAUGAGGAGAUGCUUAGCUUUCAAUUUAAAUAUUCAUAACACACAUAACUGCCCCACAACCCACUUCUACAAAUAACUUCAAAUUCUUGGAAGAAGGAUUUUUAGAACUUUAUAUAAGCUCAGUGACAGAAAGCUAUUGCUGUAUCUGUAUUUAGUCAGAAGUCCUUAAGUUCAGCUGAAUACAUUCACACAUAUUACACACCUUUGACUAUAUACAGUAACACCUGGCACUUUUAAAGAUGGUGUGCCACAGAUACAUCACUUAACAAAAUCAGAAGGCUUUAGUGCAAUCCAUUGUAAUUGCUGUAAAAAUAAAACGCCUAGCUUUGGUUGGUAGAAUGAUGUCUUCAUGGAUAUGUGGCUAGAGUAAUGACCCACAAGUUGUCUCCAGCUUUAAUGCUUUAAUUUUGUCAUCUGAUCUAGAGAUGGCAAGAAGCAGGGCCACUACCAUCUGUGUAGAUACAUUUGUGAGAAUUGCAAAAAGGCACGCCUUCCCCUGGCAAGACAGCCACUUUUGUUGUUGUUAAUAAGUCCAGAACUCACCAUCACCACCCUUCCCCCAUCUUGCAAGAUAACCCAUUUCAGGAUACAACCAAACAGGAAUACAGUUCAACCUACAAUGCUUAAAAAAACAAUUAUGAACAUUUUUUAAUGGGGUGGGGAGGGGUUUACAUAAAUAGAGUUUUGGUUUCCCCUGAAAAAUGAGAAGCUGGUAACACUGGAUUUGAAUUCUCACAAGGCGUUGGAUAUAGUAUGGAUGCGUCCAUAUUUUUACCAGUACAUUAAAGAUUAACAGCGUAGAACAGUGUUUCCCAACCUUUAUCCUCCUAGUUCAAAUCUCAAAAUGCAGUUACUUCCUGUUUUUCCUGUAACUUGGAGUUUUGGGUUGGGAAUCUGGAAACUUACCAUUUUGCAGAAACAUUUCAGUUGCAAUGUCCAAAUUGAUAAAUUAGGAAUAAAUAUUACAGUAUGCUUUAACUUUUCCACUUUAGUAUUUUGCUAGAAGAAGAGAUUCUUUGUAGUCUUAUUUAUCUAGAUUCUUUAAAUGUUUUUGAAUGGUUUCACAAUUGAAGUCACUUCUAACAUAAAGCAAAUUUGAUACAGCACAAAUGACAUCCUCAUUUUAUGUUUUGAACAGCAUCCAAUGGACUUUUUGAAAAUGCCAUAUUACUGCUGCUUGGGAAAAUCAAUGUUUUUUUCUAUUGCGAGGCAAGGUAGGAAAGCUGCUUCUGAAAAACUUGGUUUUUAACAAGUUUAUAUGACUUCACUGUCAUCUUCUAAACUCUUAACAGACCAGCACAUUAUGCAUACUCCACACCCUAGUUUCUUAUUGUUAAAUGACCUAAAACCAAUGACCAAAGAACUGAAAUACAUUUUUCUUGUUUACUGUGAGGCUUCUUUUGAUUUGGAAGUACUAAUAAAUAUAGUUUGCUGCGACUUUAGUGAGGACAUAAAUUGGGCUUAGUGAGGUUUUGAAGAGCAAGAGUUUUCGUUAUCACUGGCUGUGUUCACAGAGAUAAACCACCAUGUCUUUUAGAAUAUGUAUGUUGGUUUGAGCACUUAGAUUAUCUCGGAUACUUCAGAAUUGGCCUGAUGCCUACCAAGGAUUCACACAAACACUUAGUUUACCUAGCAGAUUUUUUAAACGUUUCCUCUCAAGUUACUUUUUAAGCUGCUUUUAAAUCUCCAGGGAAAGCCGGUCUCAGUAUUUUGAAAUAAUGUUGCAAAUUUUAUUUGUAGUUGUAGACGAAAAAGUACUCAAUUUCCUCUCUCCCAUGUAUUAUUGUGACUUUUGAACAGGAAAACAAACUUAAGAAUAGACAUCUAAAGUAGUUUAGAUGUUGCUUUAAAUAGAUCUCUGGACUCAAAAUAUAUUAAAUCUGUAGAAUAUUUGAAGAUAGCUUUUGGGAAAUUAUGGAGACAGGUAUAUUCCAGAAUGAGACUACAGAGUCUGUUAAAUACUGGAAUGGUUAUAAUUGAUGUUUUUUGAGCAUUUGUAGAAGAAAUUAGUGAUCCCUGAAUAAAUGUCUUGUCUUGGAAGAAGUAAUGCAAACACACUUUUACUUGUUUUGAUAUGUUUUAGACUAUAGGUAAGGGGGAUGGUGUAGAAGACAGUUUCAUCAGGGCAUAUGCUAGUCACUUGGUGUCAAGAUGAGAAAAUUACUUUUUGGGCAGUUAUAUCUAUGUGUAUAGUUUUGUGUCUGCUUAGGUUUUGGAGAUACUUACCCAUCAACCAACCAUCCAGCCACCUCACCUCAAAUAAUUUGAUUGCAUAGGUGCCAGACCAUUCUAACCUAGCAAUAUGAGAGUGAAGAGAAGAGACAGGUUUGUCCAAAAGCUGUACAUGUCUCAUGAUGUAAAGCCUAAUGGAGAAGUUCUAUGAAGAAGAACAGAGCAAGAUGAGAGUGUGUGGUGGUAAUUUAUGUAGGAUGUUCUAAGGAGAUCUCAUAAAAUUGACAUUGAGUGUACUGUGUGCCUCACCUAAUCUGGUGACUAGCUUUAAACCAGUGAAUGAGUGAAAAUACAGCAGUCAAAAUCAUUUGAAAAAUUACGUUAAGAUCUUCACUGUUACAGAGCAUUGUUUCUGGUUUUCAAAUUACAAAAUUGAAUAAAGUAAUAUUUGUUUUAUUUAGGCAUGGAACUUUUAACUGCAAAGUUCUAUUUUGAAUAAGGCCUGAUUCUCCAUCUUAAGAGGAGUUGCUGGGGAAUGUCACAUAGAAAAGAAUCAGUUAUAACUACAGGAAGGAGGACAGUUUGUUGACAGACUUGAAGGUUUUAAUUCAUACCCGAAAGAAAGAAUUGAGGUUAACAUUCCUGAUGUUCUGCACUGUGGCCAGACAAUAAGUCAGGCAGGAAAUUGAAAAAGUAAAGUAUGUUCAGAGGAGGUUGAAAAGGGGCUGCAAGAAUCCUGAAAAUGAGAGCUGGAAAGUGUGUCAGAGUUACAUGAGCAGACUCCGUGGAAGCAGGAGUAAAACAGUCUAAGACAAGGCAAAUUCUACUGUUUAAAUACCUACUGUGUUACUUGCAGAAGAAAAAAUAAUUGAGAUGGGGUUACAAUGAAAUGUCAGAUGUGCUGAAAUACAGGACGUAGACAUUCCUUUGGUUAAAGAGAAGAGGACUAUUUUGUGCUAAGUAGAGCAGGGAAACAUUAUUGCAGUUAAUGGUGGUCUGCUCGUGGUCUGCGCCAGAGCACCAGGACCUACCUUGAGUUUGCACAACCUUAAGAGUUAGUGCCUCAAAUUUUGUGCCCUGGUGCCUCCCUUGCUUCAGUUUAAUCCCAGCCCUUAUGGGGCUCAGGGGGCUUAGGAGUUUCUUCCUUGAGCAUCAGUUCCCUUUUCCCUCCCAACUCUCUUGCUUUUCCAUAAAAAGAAACUAUCUCCUUGCUUUUCCUUCCAUAAUCAUUCAAGUGGCAAAUAGUAUAACAGGAAAACUAAUUCCUAUUUGUAGACUGUACUUAGGAAAUAGCUUUGUUCUUGCAGUGGUUCAUCUUCAGACGUAGAUGACUGAUCAUUUUCAACUCUGGAAUGCUGUGGGAAUUAAUCUGAGAAGUCCUGGCAGCGGGUUAGAGGAUAGUUCGGUUCUGGCAGGUUGCAUAGACCAACCAACCAACUAAUAGAUCACAACCAACUGAUGAGAAGGUAUAGAGAGGGAAGUUCCUCAAAGUCAGAAGAAAAAGGCAUGGUCAGAGUCAGGCAUGUCCAGGCAAGGGUAGUGGCUAGCAGGUGAGGCACGGCCCUCCAGAAAUUCUCAACCAGUGGCAUGGUCCAUGCAGAGGUUGAUGGUCUGAGCUCCUCGUUGACUCCUGGGCGAGUCCUGAGAUGAACUGUCAUUCAAAAGCAUUGGUAGCAUUCAAAAAGGUAGCAUUACCCUUCAGUGCCCCAGAAGUCUGCUGAGCAGAGUUCAGAGUCCUUGCAGUGGAUUGUGAAGGACUGGCAGGCAGUACUGCCUUGUCAACAUAGUGGCGGGCAGGGGAUCUUGACAGGGACUCAUGUCCAGACUGAGCUAAAUAACUUAAGAUCUCAAAGUCUGGUGAACAACUCUCCUUCCCCUACAGCAUAACUAAAUGAGUCUUGUUUUUUCUCCCAUUUUCUGUUUACUUACCUUUUCAUCCUCUCAGUUGGAAUGCUUAACUGCAAAUGUGUAUCCUAUCCAAAUCUAAGUGGGUACAUCCUUGAAAUGCCAUAUUAAAGACUGUCUGUUCUCUCAAGCCCUUGCUAAUCUCCUAGAUCAUUCACUGUUUUAUGUCCUUCGUACACAUCGCAAGCCCUCUUUUGGUGCUAAUUGGGAGGCAGUAAGGUGAGUGAAAAGAACUUGGAGUUAGGCAGAUCUCUGUCAGAAUUCCUGUCUGUCUAGCUCUGGGGGUCUACAGUAAAUUUUCAGGUGUGUCCUCAUCUGAAAAGUAGGGAAUCAAAUCUUAACUUGAAAGACUUAAAUCGUAUAUAUACUAUAUAUAUAAUGUGGGGAUCAAGGAGACGGUGCAGCAAGUGUUCUUGACCGUUAUGUAUUUAAAAAAUACAGCUGAUGCUUAUUGUGUACUUACUUUGCCAGAUCCUGUCCUGAAUGUGCUGUCUCAUAUAAUCCUCACAACAGCCUUAUGAAUUAGGUACUAUUACAGUUUUUUCCAAUUUGCAGAGGAGGAUGUUAAAACAGAUUGCUUAAAAGAGCUGGCUAAAAAAACACAGCUAGUAAAUGGCGAAGCCCAAACACCAACCCAGACAGUCUGGCUCCAGAACCCAUGCUUUUGACGACCCUCUUAAUAGUUGUCACCAACUGGAAGCCUUUCUUUGCUGAUCCAGGGUCCAAACUGAAAGAUGGGCAGCCUACAAAGGUCCAGCCAGUAAGAGUAAAUAAUCCCUAAUGUAUUUAUUGUUAAUACAACAAAUGGUUAAUAAACCAUUUGUGAAGACCUAUUGUGUUCCUGGCAUUGUGCUAAUGUGCUUUGUCUGUGUUCUUUAAUUCCCACAAGUAUUAUGCAAGACAUCGUUUCAUAAAAAUGAGGCUCCUGGAGUUGCUAUCUUCCCCUUCACAUCAAGAGAGCACUACUUUUUCCAAUCCACUCCUCGGCCUACAACGAUCUAACUUCUGCUCGAAGUUCUCCACUAUAACUCCUCUUACUGAGAUUACAAAUGACCUAAGUGAUAUAAAUCUUGGAGACAUUUUUUUUGAUGAUCAAGUGAUUUUCUUCUGCACUCCCACUUGGUGACCACCCCUUCCCUCAUUGUUUCCAGGACCAUAGUUUGUUCCAGAACCACCUUUCUGACCUAUUUAUUUCCCCGUAUCUUUCUAUGCCAUUUUUCUUUUGUCAGUUCAUUCUUAAAUGCUGAUCAAAGCAUAUCCACCCACCUCCUUAAUCUACAUACCCUCCCUGAAUGUUCUCACCACUUCUAGUCUCAGCUACCCCUGAAAUGCUGAAGGUAGGGGAAAUGGUGCCAUACCCUGACACUCAUAAACUGAGACAAAGAUCGUUUACGUUUGGAAGACUCCCCCAGUCCUUAGGAGCACCUCAAGUUCAAGUGUAUCAAACUGAACACAUGCACUCUUUUUCUAUACCAUCCCCAACCUUGACUACCUUGCUGCCGCCCCACCUUCCUUAACAUUAUUUAGGUUAAGCUGCUGUCACCACCUAGUUACUCAAACCUAGGGCCUGAAAAUCAUGUUUGCCUCCUCCUCCUCCUCCAGUCCAUUCCAUGUCUAGGAGCUGUCAAUUCUAUCUCCAAGUUUUGAAUUUAUUCGCUUCUCUCUGGAGACAUGGGAAAACCUAGUGGAAGCCACCAUCUCUCACCUGACUGACCAAAAUACCUCCCUCACCUACCAGGCUCCAGUCUGGCUGCUUCGGCUGUUUUCUCCACCCUAGUCAUGAACUUUCUCAAACUCAAAUACAGAGGAUGAUGUGAUCAGAUUGGAGCUCCUUUAACCCCCAUUGCCUCAGGAUAAACUCAGUGCUCCUUGACAAGGCAUUCAAAGCUCUCCCAAACUCUGUUUUUGUCUGCCUUUGAGCCCCAUUUCUCGCUGCUCGGACCUGGUUCUUUAGUUGCACCAGGCUGCUUGUGGUUUCCUAAGCACACUAUAGCUGGCUGAUCUUUUUAGCAUUUAAUACUCAGCCCUAAAGUAACCUCCUCCAGGAAGUCUUUGACCCCCUAGGCUGGGUUAGGUGUUUCUGUUUAGUGCUCCUAAAUUCCUUUGAUGACAUUUCUGUCACUUCAUUUCCAAUAUUGAUUUGUGGUUAUUCUCAUGUCCAUUUUCCCCACUAGUUCGGAAGUUUGUGGCUGAGGUCAGGAACCAUUAAUUUCCAGUAUCUAGCAUAUAUAUAACUCCUUAGUGAAUGGCAGUUGAAUGAAUAAAUAAAUAACUUUCCUAAGGUUAUAUUGCAAAUAGUUUCUGACUAACUAAAAUGUUGCACUCUAAAAUUCACGUUCUUUUUACUAAUACAUUUGCACAUGUAGAGUAUUUAGAGACUUUAAAAAGCUGACAUUUUAAGGGGCCAAACCUUAUAAGAUUUCCUUCCAA